UUAAGUGUCACCUAACGCAAGGAUUUUUACCCAGGAGCGGCUCCAGCUCGCCCUUUUGCUCUCUUUUCUGGCUCUCUUCUUCCUCUAUUCCACCCACCGCCACCUUGCCGUGCCCUUCUCUCGGCCCGAAGUAGACAGCAGAGUAUCGAAGAAGAUGAGAGAAGGAAAAGAGAGAGAAACAGAAAGAGAAGGAGCGCAGGACGAGUAAUAACUACGUUCUUCUCGUUCUCUCUCUCUCUCUCUAUAUCUACCUCACAACCGGGAGAGAGAUCGAAAUUAAAGAAAAAAAAAGAGAAAAUGGAAUAAAAAUAGCAAUGAACUCAUUUUUCUUCUGAGAGAUUUGGUAUAGCACUUGCCAGAUCUGCGGCAGGACGUUCCAUCUGGCUACAUUAGCUGAAAAUGGAUCGUCGAAGUUGGCCUUGGAAGAAAAAAUCAUCUGAAAAAGCAACAACUACAACAGAUUCCACCAGCACUUCUUUGUCUAAUCCAAGCGGCAAUCAAGCAGAUCAGGAAAGUACAAAAAGUGUAAAUUAUGUUCAAGUUUCUGCAGAGAAAUAUGCAUAUCUCACUGAAUUGGAGGACCAAGUGAAGGUCUUGAAUGAAAAAUUAUCUUCGGCACAAUCAGAGAUGACCACUAAGGAAAAUUUAGUAAAACAACAUGCAAAAGUUGCUGAAGAAGCAGUAUCUGGUUGGGAAAAAGCUGAAGCAGAAGCUUCAGCACUUAAAGUUCAACUUGAGUCUGUAACACUGUUAAAGCUUACAGCUGAAGAACGGGCAUCACAUCUUGAUGGUGCUCUAAAGGAGUGCAUGAAGCAGAUACGGAAUGUUAAGGAAGAAAGUGAGCAAAAAUUACACGAUGUAGUUUUUGCAAAAACUAAGCAAUGGGAAAAGAUCAAGGCUGAACUGGAAGCAAAAAUAAAUGAUUUUGAACAGGAGCUCUUAAAGGCUUCUGCUGAAAAUACUGCACUGUCAAGAUCUCUUGAAGAACGUUCUGAUAUGCUGAUGAAGAUUAGUGAGGAAAAAUCUCAAGCUGAUGCUGAAAUUGAAGUAUUGAAGAACAACCUACAAUUGUGUGAAAGAGAAAUAAGUUCAUUAAAAUAUGAACUUCAUGUGGUCUCCAAGGAGCUUGAAAUUCGCAAUGAAGAGAAGAACAUGAGCAUAAGAUCUGCUGAUGUGGCAAACAAGCAGCAUUUAGAAGAUGUCAAGAAAAUUUCGAAAUUAGAAGCAGAAUGUCAAAGGUUACGUGGUCUCGUUCGAAAGAAGUUGCCUGGCCCUGCUGCAUUAGCUCAAAUGAAGUUAGAAGUUGAAAAUUUAGGCCGAGAUUAUGGAGAUACCAGAUUACGGCGCUCUCCUGCUAAAAAUUCAAGCCCGCAUCAUAUAACAACUCCAGUUUCUGACCUUGCCUUUGAACACAUUCAGCAGUUCCAGAAAGAGAAUGAAUUUCUUACGGCACGUCUGCUGGCAAUGGAGGAAGAGACAAAGAUGCUAAAGGAGGCCUUAUCAAAACGUAACAGUGAGCUGCAAGCUUCAAGAAACAUGUGUGCUAGGACAGCAAGCAAGCUUCGUAGCUUGGAAGUGCAUAUGCUUGCUCCAAAUCAACAAAUGAGCCCCGCAAAGUCAAAUAGCUUUACCCCCUUCAAUGGUACCUUAAGCCAACAUGAAAGCAACCCACCAAGCUUGACCUCCAUGUCUGAAGAUGGUAUUGAUGAGGAAGGAAGCUGCUCUGAAUCUUGGGCCACAGCAUUAAUGUUAGAGCUCUCCCAGUUCAAGAAAGAAAAAGAUGUUAACAAUAGUAAGAAGGCAGACAAUUCAAAUCGUUUGGAACUUAUGGAUGACUUUUUAGAGAUGGAGAGAUUAGCAUGUUUGUCAGGAGAGACCAAUGGGACUGUCACUAUUUCAGAUAGCGUGGUUGAUAAGAUGAAAAUUGAAAAUGUUGAAGCUACUUCAAUGGCUGAUGUUCAAAAAAUUGGGGAUGGUGAAGAACUACAGCUGGCUUUGGUGCCAGCUACGAAUCUGGUUUAUACUAGCAAGGAGCAAUCAGAUGGGGAGUGCAUAUCAAGCAAGUUUGCUUCUCCACUGUCAAAAUUACAGUCACGAAUAGCUUCUCUGUUUGAACCUGGAGCCCAGGACACGGAUAUGUCAAAACUUUUGGAAGGUAUUAGAUGUAUUGUGCAGGAUGUACAACAAGAAUUGCCUCAGCACUCUGGUUGUGUUAUCAAAGAAACUUACUCCGCAGAUGCUACUUGUGAUCAAAAUGAAGAUAUGGGUGAAACUACAAACAGUGUGAUUUCUUCCAAGCAAGAUCAUAAUUCAUGUUGUGAUGCUAAGUAUGUCACAGAUCCAGGAUUGAAGAAAGCAAUUUCUCAGAUUCAUGAUUUUAUUGUUUCUCUUGGUAAAGAAGCUAUGGAUAUUCAAGGCAGGACUUCUGAAGGCCAUGGAACAAAUGAGAGAAUUGAGCAGUUCUCUGCUUCUGUCAACAAAGUUCUGUGUAAUGAAAUAAGUCUAAUUGAUUUUUUUCUUGCCUUGUCCCAAAUUUUGUCUGAAACCAGUUUCAAUAUGCCAAGCGAUAAGGGCAAUGGAGGAGAAAGUAAUGGUUCUGAUUGCAUAGACAAGGUAACUUCACUAGAAAAUAAAGUGCUUGAGCAUAAAUCAACAAAAGGGAAUUUCUCAGGUGUGUGUUCGCUUGUACCUCAUUCUUCCUCUGAUCCUGAGAUUGAAGGGCCCAAUGGCCGUGACUUUGAAGUAAAGGCCACAUUUCAGAAGUUCUCACCGGAGGAAUUUAAACACUUGAAAUUAGAGAAGGAGAACAUGGAGAUGGAAUUGGCUAGAUGUAAUGAAAUGCUGGAACGUACAAAGUCUCAGCUGGUUGAAAUGGAACAAAACCUGGCAGAGCUUAAAUCACAAUUGGCUGCCAGUCAGAAAUCAAACAGCUUGUCGGAGACACAAUUGAAAUGUAUGGCUGAGUCCUAUAAGACACUAGAAUCACGCACAAAGGAAUUAGAAGCGGAAAUAGUCCUGCUGCAAACAAAAGCAGAAAGUUUGGAUAAUGAACUUCAGGAAGAAAGACGCAGCCAUCAGGAUGAUUUGGCUAAAUACAAAGAACUUCAGGAGCAAACUGAAAGGAAUGAAAAGAGUUUAAUGUCCUCUGAUGCUGACACUGAUAUCAAAACAAAACAGUCGGAUUGCUCCCUCAUAAGUGGUCGUGUUGGGUGGUUGUAGCCACUGGGAAACGAACUUGGUCUAUCACAACACCAACCUGAUUGAUACGGGGAAGCAUAGCUCGUGUAGAGGAAGUCUACAAUUUCAUGGACAUGCUACUGAGGCCUUUUGUCUUGGCUUUGCUUAUCUAUCAUAUUGGUCAUAUUAUAUCUGCAUAUUCUUUUAGGUUUCCUGUAGUUCGAUGUGCCUUGAGCUCUUCCUUUCUCAUUUACAUAUCUACCAUAGAGUAUAUGGUUAUAUUUCUUUUCUUUGUAUUCUUGUGGUAGGACCUGUUCUGGCUUAUGAGUUUUGAAAGAAAGGAAUUUAGGAAAAGUAUACCAGCCUAUUAAAAUUUGUCCCUGGAAAACAUAUUUUAUAUUUGUCUUGCUCACAUACAAGUUCAUAAAUGUUGUGUAUGAACUUGUUCCCACCCAUUUAUUGAAAAACUAGAAAGGAAAUGCAAAUUAAAAUACAAAGAAAUACAAACAUAAAAGCAAAUAACAGAGAGAAGGGAAUUUGCACAAGACUAUUUCUUUAUAGACUCAUGAUGAGUUGUGCAGAUAUACUCCUCAGUGAUCUGCCUGUUUAUGGUACAUAUUUGACUUCAUUUUUGGUGAUAUGUUGUGAUUUAGUUCUUGCUUCACAAGUUUCAGUUAUCAAAGGAUAAAGGUUAUAUUGAUUGUCUCACUUAUGGUUUCCAGUAUCAACACUUACCAUAAAGUUGAGGUGACUGGUUCUUACAAUCAUUUGUCAAUGAUGCCCUUGAGGAUGUUCUUAAUAGUUAAUACAUAAGGUGAUAGCAACAAUUUUAUUGAGUAUAAAGUAGUAAUGGACCUUGGAAGACCAUAAUUAGAAGAGACAUUCCAGUGGCUUGAUAUAAAGAUAUUAGUUUUUUCCCCCUCUCUUUUCUCUCUCUCUCUCUCUCUCUCUCACACACACACGCGCACACGCACGCAAAUAUUCUAUUCUGCAGCUAGUUGUUAUACUGUGUGUUUAACCUUUUAAAUUACAACAUGAGACAGCAGGUAGGAGCUUACGUCUUUAACUCUGUACCAAUAACUCUGUUGGAAAGCACCUUAUUAUUUUUGUUCUGAUGUGUGAAUUGCCAUCAUCUUUGAUUCUGUACCAUCUAUUAGGGAUCGACCUUUCAUGUCCAGUUGUCCACUGUUUGCCCCUGCAACCAGAGUUUUCUUAUUUCUAGUUUGUCAUCUAAUUUGAAAGCCUAGACAUACAGCUUAAUUAAAUAUAAAUUGUCUUUCUCAAGAAUAAUCUGGUUACUUUUCAUUUGAUAUAAAGGUGUAUUUUGUAGUGAGACUAAAAUCAGCCAAGUCCUGAUACCAUUAACACUUUAAAUUUUCCGCAUUAUGUAUAGACUUUGAAAAUACGAACAUCCUUCAAUUUUGUGCUGAACUUUUUUAUGCGCCAUAACAGGAGAGAGAGAUAGCAGCAGCAGCAGAGAAGCUUGUGGAGUGUCAGGAGACCAUACGUGUUCUUGGCAGGCAAUUGCAGGCAAUGCGUCCACCUGCAGAAUCCUUGAGUUCCUCUCCAAACAACAGACACCGAAUGAGUGAUUACUUGUUGGAAAAUGAACCAGGCCCAAGUGGCAUUAACCCUCAAGUCAUGCGUGCCUCACCACACUCGAGUCACUCCGAGAUGGAAAAUGCUG